AUGAAGCUGCAGCAGCAGGAGCUUCCUAUCCGUCCACAGCCGGCACAGGCCCUGUCACAGUCGCAGUCGUCUGUCGGGGACGAUGCCUCUUCCAUCCAAUCCUUCGACCUGGCCAGCAUAGCCAGCGGCGUUGCGGUCGACAGUAUGCACAGAUCGGCCACUUCGGGCAGUGCCCGGGAGAAGGACACACCAGCGCCUACAGGCAAACUCUCGACCAUCGCCACCACGCAUCAGGUGUGCUAUGCCACACUGCAGACGCAGGUGGUGGUGCCCAUUCCCCUCCACGUGACGCCCACAUUCCGUACCGACCUCGUCGAUGUCAAGUGGCGGCUGCAUUUUGAAUUUGUAACCAGCACUAUGAUGGAUUUCGGUGGCCCCAAUCCUGAGUCCGGUGAACUGAAGGCGCCCGCCGAGAUGCCCGUCGAGACGAUGGUGUGGAAUUUUUCGAACAUUUUUCGCUAA